AGAGCAGCGCACGUGGAGAACAAACUGCUGCACCGAAUAAACACGCAUCUGUGUUGACAUUUCAACACAGCGUUCAUAUUCGCCCAUUUCGGAUACAUUUAUGUACACUUUCUGAUUAUUUGUACCAGAGCAAAUGUUACCAGAGGUAUUUUUGGCAAGUUUUUCAAAAGACUCGUAAGGAAUAAAAGUCAAGCCGCACCAAAAGACUGUUGAGCAUGUGCUUGGUACAACACUUACACUUUUAAAUUGGGACCCCUCUCCCGCGAAUUUAUAAAUUGAGCCAUUGUAAGUAUGGUGGAUAAAGGUCCUCUAUUGACUUCUGCGAUCAUUUUUUAUCUGUCCAUCGGGGCAGCAAUAUUCCAAGUUCUCGAGGAACCGAAUUGGAAACUUGCUGCAAAACAGUACAGUGCACAAAGGGAUAAAAUACUAGAAGACUACCCCUGUCUCACCAAAGAUGACUUGGACAAGAUUUUGGAGGUGGUGUCGGAUGCUGCCGGACAAGGUGUCACCAUCACUGGCAGCAAGACUUUCAACAACUGGAACUGGCCCAAUGCUGUCAUCUUUGCUGCUACUGUCAUCACAACUAUAGGUUAUGGCAACAUUGCCCCCAAAACGUCAGCGGGACGGGUGUUCUGCAUCUUUUAUGGGCUCUUUGGGGUGCCACUCUGUCUUACCUGGAUCAGUGAGCUGGGGAAGUUCUUUGGAGGCAGGGCCAAGCACCUGGGUCAGUACCUUACCAAGAGAGGGGUUUCACUGCGAAAGGCCCAGUUCACUUGCACAGCCAUCUUUGUCCUUUGGGGUGUACUGGUCCAUCUGGUCAUCCCCCCAUUUGUAUUUAUGUCUCAAGAGGGUUGGACCUAUGUGGAGGGCUUGUACUUUUCCUUUGUCACCUUGACCACGAUUGGCUUUGGUGACCUUGUAGCAGGCGUGGAUCCAAAUGCAGACUACCCCACUCUGUACCGUUACUUUGUGGAGGUGUGGAUUUACCUGGGUCUGGCCUGGCUCUCCUUGUUUUUUAACUGGAAGGUGCGCAUGGUCGUGGAGGCCCACAAGGCUCUGAAGAAACGACGCAAGCGGCGCAAGCUCUCCCUUAAUGAGCUGAGGAACUACAAGGAGAGCCACAAGCCCCUCUACCUGCCGCCCACCGCCAACGACGUCAACAUCUUCAGCUUCCUGUCCAAGAAGCAAGAAGGCUACAACGACCUCAUCAAAAAGAUUGGUGUCAAGAAAGAUGGUGGCGGGGACCACUGUGAUGAUAAUGAUGCCAGUAACAAGGCCAAGGAGACGAACCGCUCCCAGAGCUGCAUCGACACAGUUACCUGCAACGACAACACUAUUCUCAGCCUGGACCGCUCACCGCGGCAGAAGCGACGCUACAGCUUCAGCGACCGCGUCACAGUGGCCUUCUCAAAGUCCAAGAACUACCUCCUGGGCUCGGAGAACGGGAUGCUGCUCACAGAGGACCAUGGUGAGGGUGAUUUGGACGGGGACCAGGAGAGCAUGUACGAGAACCAACUGGACAAAGAGGUGGACCAGGACAGCGGAGGUGGCAGCCUGGGCGGUGGUGGAGGUUGCGGUAUGGGUGGUCGACGGCUGUGGGACUCCAAAGAGUACCAGUCCCUGAUCUUCCAGAAUGCGAACAUCACUUUUAUUGACGAGGAGAACGUCCUCAACAACAACCUGGAGGAUGAGGACGAUGAUGCUAAAGCCAAGCUGUCAAUCACCACGUGCGAUGAAAAUGUAGAGUCGGAGACUGACUCCAAAGAGGAGCAGGGCUCUGAAUCAGAAGAGUCCGUGUUCACCAGCGAUGGAUCAGAACAUGACCACUCUUAUGAGAAGCUUGUGGAGGAAUAUUCAAAGGAGGACAACACAGAGUCCUGAGGAACUGAACUGGUCUUGACUGAACUAAACUUAGAAUAAUCCCUAAUUUCAUUGCUAUGACAAAAACAUUUUUUUACAAUUUAAGGCAUAGCCACAUUCUCGUUGAACUUGGAUCUAAUGAAGGAGAAAUCUUUUAAUAUUCUGUUAAUAUCAAAGACUGUGAAAUUAACAUUACAGGUUUUAUGUCUAUCACUCUGGUGCAUUUUUUCAGAUGUAAGUGGUAUAUUGCCCGUGUCUUAUGUUCAAAACCUUUCAUUGGAGUUGAACGCAUCUUUCAUCUCCGAGUCUUUCAUGCAAUUUUUUCUCAAAUACCAUGAGAACAUUUUGCUUAGUUACCAAUACAUCAGAUAAUAACAGGCUCACCAUUUAGUCAUUUUAACCAAAGUUUAAUCCGAUAGCAGAAAAUACAUUACACAAUUUUCAAAACUGAUCUUUUUGAAAUGCCGAAUUGAAGGAAUAAUAGAUCGUAUUGAAGAAUACUGGCUGAUGAAGGAUGACAAUGGACAAUGUAGUAACUAGGCACUAUACACUUUUGUUUCGGUAGUCUUCAGUUUUGAGCAUGUUAAUUCGGUUAUAGUUAAAUUAAGAAAUUACAAGAUAAUCAUAUAAAAAGUAAUGAAAAGCAGAUACUUGGAGUGGACAAGUGACUGUGAAUUUGUUUGUAAAUGCACUUAGUUUUUUUAAACAGCCAUUUUGAUUAAAUGUUUAGAUUUUUGUGCUAAGAAUUGUGAAAGUGUAAUAGAUGCUUUUGAAAAUUGCACCAGAGUGAUUGAAAAAGACGAACAGUCUUCUCUCAAGCGAUCAAAUAAUGUGUCUAUAUUAAACAAUGAGUUUAUGAACUUAUUAACUCCUUCUGGUUAUAGACUAAAUGGAGUGACUUAUAGAUAAAGUUGUCCUACAUUAAUUCACUACUGUUUUCAGAAGAUAUGGUCGUCUAACAUUUGUUUGAAACAAGAUUGAGUUUUUCAAUCAAUUUGAGAUGUUAAUAUGAAAUAGCAAGGGUGAAUACAUUUUUCAGGAUUGCUCCUUACUUCUUUGAUUUAUAUUCACCAUAUUGGUGUUUUUUUGUGAUAUUUAUACAAUGAAGGAAAAUGCAGCCCUUUUUGUUAAAGGGGCAAUCCACAGUUGCUACAUACAUUUUUGGACUUAUACAUUAUUGAUAUACACUGAGUGUACAGAACAUUAGGAACACCUUCCUAAUUUUGAGUUGCACCCCUUUUUGCUCUCAGAACAGCCUCAAUUCU